UCUACUUCUAUUGUAUCUCUCUCUUCCAUUUUCUCUCUCUAGAGAAACCAUGGCGGUGUUUUCCUCUCACCGCCUUGUUGACUUUCUUCCCAUCCUCCUCUUCUUCCUCAUCGUUACUAUUGUAACUGCAGAUGAUCGAUUUCCAUUUCUUGAUAAAAUCUGCGAAGAAGUGAACUGCGGAAAGGGGAAUUGCACGGCCGACGCUGGAUAUCCGUUCGGAUUCAAAUGCGAAUGUAAUUCUGGCUGGAAGCGAACUCGUGAAGAUGACGACGAUCUCACUUUUCUUCCUUGUGUAAUCCCUAAUUGUUCUCUCAACUAUGGCUGUCAGCCGGCGCCGCCGCCGGUGCCGGAGAAGCCGGUUCCGAAUAACUCGUCUUUCUUCGAUGUUUGCUAUUGGGCUUACUGUGGAGAAGGAAGCUGUGUGAAGAACAGAACUUAUGCACACACAUGUGAAUGCAAAUCUGGCUAUUACAAUCUCCUCAACAUCUCUGCUUUCCCUUGCUAUAGUGAUUGUACAAUUGGAUCCGAUUGUGCAAAGCUUGGAAUUAAAGUUGCAAAUGUGAAUUCUACUGAUAAUGGAAGUGGUCCAGGCACUGGACAAGGAAACUCCAUUCUACCAGAAAAGUUACAUUGGGUGGCUAUAGCAAUUUUAUUUGCCAUGAGCAUGGAGCUUUGAAACUAGCACAUCCUUUACUAUAUAUAAGAUAUUAAAUAAUAAAUAUAAACUGAUAUUCAUUUUGGUUGUCACACUGUUUUUUUGUUUCAUAUAGAUUAUAUUCUUAUAUCUUAUAUUUGGAGUUUGGUACAUAUAAUAAAUAAAUCAUACCUUUAGUCCUUGGA